AUGGCUUGGUAUCCUUGGCAAGGCCAGCGUUUUGAAACUAGCCAGUUGAACUUCGAUGGUAGCUGGUCGGCGGACGGAGCACAUGGCAAUGUGGGCUUUGUGAUUAGAGAUCAUCUGGGCAUGUUGAUUGCAGCUGAAGGGCGACGCACUACAAGCCGGGCCGUCAUUGAGGUGGAGUUGCAGGCUACCUUGGAGGACAUGUCCUAUGGGAGGAGAGUCCUGGGAGCCGACAGGAUAUUCCUAGAGGAGGAUUCCUUCAUGGUAGUUGACUGGAUAUGGGGAGUGGAUAUGGAGGGAGAUGGGCACCCGCUGCUUCGCGAGAUCCGCGGUCUAGCCAAGGAGACAGGGUCCUUCCAGGUUGCACAUGUUUAUCGGAAGGCAAACAGUGCGGCAGACUGGGUCGCUUCUUUCGUGGCCCGACAUUCGAGUGGAGUGGUUUGA